UCAAUGGCUCUGCCCCGUCUCGAUGCGGCGGCUGACGUCUUCCCCCCGCAGUCCCCAAGGGCCCCCGCGUUAUCCCCGAGGGUUAUGACGACUAAGCGACUCCCUCCUGCGCGCACGCCGCCCGGCUCUCUGGCCUCGGUGUAUAUAUGCGAGCGCGUGAAUUGGUGUGCGGUGGAGUGACUACCCGAGCUUGGACGGGAUCGUGUGAAUGAGCGGGCGGGAGAGGGGCCGGCAGACAACUCGGAAAACACGCUGGGCGGAUGCGCCUGCGUGGUCAGAAACACAAUACGAAAAGAAUUGGGGAGAGAUGAAUGCAUGGAAGGUGUGGAAGGAGGCGCGAUGCGAUGUACAUACGUGUAUGCGCAAUAGACGGGAGCUGGCCGGACGAAGACAAGAGCCCUGCGGCUGCAGCGGAAGGGCGCAGCAUAGGGUUCAAUCUCAUGGUUUUUCUUUUUUGCUUCGCUUUGCUCACCUUGCUCGCGGUUUGCUACUCGCGGUUUGUUACUUGCGUCUUUGUCCUGCUACCUGUUGGGAGACGACGCGUCCCGCCCCGUUCAUUCAAUUGCUCCUCUGUGCACUUAUUUCCUGCAUUUCCAUCCACCUAUCCAUCCCACCAUCACCGUCUCUCCAUCUACCAGUCUGGUCUGCUAUAAAAAAAGAAAACUAACUUUUAAUUAAUUUUAACUACUCGAUAACCUUAUUUUUUUUUUUUUUUUUUUUUUU